AUGGACAGUAAAGGGUACCUUAAAUCGUAUGGCUGGCAAGAAGGUGAGGCCUUACGGAACGGAGGACUGAAAAAACCGAUUCUUGUGAAACACAAGAAAGAUAAGAAAGGGCUUGGAUGUGCACCAGGACAUGAUGACAGUGAAGCCUGGUGGGAACGUUUGUUCGACGGACAACUUCGAAACUUGGACAUCAAAAGCGGGUCCGAUGGGAUCUCGUUCAAACAAAACGAAGUCGUCGCUUCUUCCAUAUCAAAGAGCGAUUCACCACUUUAUCGAUCAUUUGUUAGAGGUGAAGUGUUGAAAGGUACCAUUAAAACAGAUCUGCCGUCCAACAAUGGAUCUACUAUAGUUAAACUGGCUGUUUCUGAAGUGACAUCGAAGAAAGAUAAAAAGAGCAAAGACGAGAAGAAGAAGAAGAAGAAGAAGAAGUCGCAUAAGGUUGACAAGCCAAAGAGUAAGCAUAAGAAAGACAAGAAGGAUAAGCAUAGGAAAGACAAGAAGGAUAAGAAGGAUAAGAAGGGUACACACAAGCGUAAAAGUUCACAUUGA